CGAAUCAAAAGUGCCUGAUUGGCUCGCGCCCUGGCAAAGUGUCCAGAGGAUCGCAACAUGGGUACCAGGGGAGCACGGAGCUCCAUUCAAGGAUGGCAUUUACAAUUGACGACUCCGAGGGCCAACACGCUACUUACUGAGAGUGGAGUCAUUUGCUUGGACAGUUCACAGAGUCGCAAAGGCAAAGCUGUUGCUAAAAAAGUAAAAAAGUAACCGUUUGGCCAAACUGUCGUUUGUUUGGUUUACUUUCCCGUCUUUUUUAGUUGUGCGGACCAUUUUCGGGGUUCAAUCCGUUGACCCGUGGCACCGUCACAAGGGCAUUUUGUCCCCAUCCUCCUUCGACUUCGACAUCGACACACCCUCUCCGUUUUAGCUCACAACCUUGACUACCGCCCUCCAGACCGGCAAACCGGAAGUGCUGCCUCUCGGGUCACCGCCGGUACUAGAAACGCAGUUGCGCCUCCAGAAUGAGCCGAGAUGCGCAGCUCAGCACGCCCAUAAUGGACCCGACCAUCGCAGCAACACUUGGGACGUCUACCCCUCGGCGGAACCCUCUACUCUCCACGCGCAUGCAGUAUCGCAGCCGCCCCGUCUCGAUAGCCGUCGACCCGGUGUCACUCGUUAUAUCCGAGUGCAUAUCCAUCACCUCGGCCAUCCAGAAAUAUGCCCGCUCUCCGCACUCGUCCGUCUCCGCCAUCCUCGGCGGCAGCCCCAACCUCAUCCAGCUCGUCCCGCCCACCGCCGGCGCCCGCCGUACACGCAAGCCUGCCCCCGAUGCCGCGGCGGACGGUGUUGACGAUCUGGCAGCGACAAACAGGUGGGGGUUGCGCGGGAAGAAGGGCAAGAGCAUGCAGGACAACCCCCUGAUCUCGGGGUUCGGGAGGCUCCGGCAGGAGUUGGCGGGGGUCAAAGACCUUCACAGGUUCGACUCCCUCGUACUCCUCUACCCGUUCCUCCAGAUCAUCCAGGCCAAGGGCACCGCUGCCCCCGUUACGAUCCUCGCGCUGAGGGCGAUACAAAAGUUCCUGGCCUACGGCUUCGUCGCACCCGCCUCACCCCGCUUCGCCCUCGCCAUGCAGUCUCUCUCGGCGGCCAUCACCCACUGCCAAUUCGACAUUAGCGACUCGGCGCAGGAGGAGGUGGUGCUGCUCAUGAUUCUACACCUGAUGGAGGACAUGCUGUCCGGGCCGGGCGGGGAUAUCCUCAGCGACGAGAGCGUGUGCGAUAUGAUGGGGCGCGGCUUGACCAUUUGCUCACGGCCGCGAUUCUCGGAAGUGCUACGCCGGACCGCUGAGGCUUCGAUGGUGCGCAUGGUGCAGAUCAUCUUUGAGGACUUGAAGCAUCUGGAAGAGGAGGCCGGCGACGAGAGUGAAGCGCUGGACCGGCAGACGAGCGGGGAUAUGGACACCGUCAACAUGGACCCGGCCGCGAAUGGAACCGAUGUCCCGGCAACCGUCCCGGAAACGACGGAGGAGACCGUAGAGACGGCAGCUGUGGAAGCCGUGGAGGCCACCGCCUCUGGUGAGGCUGGUGAGGCUGGUGAAGCUGGUGAGGCCAGUGGGGUUGGCGAGGCCGGUGAGCCUGACGAAGCGAAGGAGUCAUCUACCGGACCGAGGCCGUCGUCAAGCUCGGAGAAGGAGAGCAUCCCUUCGGAAACACCCAGGGGCCCCAGUGCGGAGGCUGGUCGGCCAAGCACGAGCUCGGCCGCCGAAAGCGCUUCCUCUGUCGACCUCCGUCCCUACUCUUUGCCCUCGAUUCGGGAACUUUUCCGCGUCCUCGUGACCUUCCUCGAUCCCCACGACCGAAAACACCCCGACCAGAUGAGGGUCAUGGCCCUGCGGAUCAUCCAUGUGGCGCUCGAAGUAGCAGGCCCAUCGAUUGCCCGACACCCCGCCCUGGCAUCGAUCGCAGAAGACCAACUGUGCUGCUAUCUUUUCCAGCUCGUGCGGUCCGACAACAUGGCUGUCCUCCAGGAGGCGUUGAUCGUGGCCGGCACGCUGCUUUCGACUUGCAGAGGGGUUCUCAAACUACAACAAGAGUUAUAUCUGUCGUAUCUCGUGGCCUGCCUCCAUCCGGCGGUGGAGAUUCCGCGGGAACCGGGCAUUGACCCAAGCCUAUACUCCGGUAUCCCACAAUCCCCCAAGUUGGUCAAGCCGCCGCCGUCGCAAGCCGGCAGUGGCCGGUCUACUCCUGUGGCCGUCAAAGACCGACAGAAACUGGGGCUCGAGGGUGGCGCUCGGAAACCAGACGCCAGGCAAGCCAUGGUGGAGAAUAUCGGCGUGCUUGCGCGGAUGCCAACCUUCAUGGCCGAGCUGUUUGUCAACUACGACUGCGACGAAAACCGUGCAGACCUCUGCGAGGACCUGAUUGGGUUAUUGUCCCGGAGCGCCCUGCCCGACUCUGCCACCUGGAGCACAACAAGCGUGCCCCCGUUGUGUCUGGAUGCGUUGUUGCGCUUUAUCCAGUUCAUCGCCGAAAGGCUAGAUCAAACUCCCGACCUGGAUGGAUAUCCUGACCCGGGAGAGUUGAGAGAGAGGCGGCGCAGGAAGAAGCUCAUCAUCAAGGGCACCGGCAAGUUCAACGAGAGCCCCAAGGGCGGGUUGGCCUAUCUGCAGGAUAAGGGCGUGAUCGAGGACGCUGCCGAUCCGCUGUGUGUUGCAACGUUUUUGCAGGGAACUUCCAGGGUGAACAAGAAGAUGCUUGGCGAGUUUCUGUCGAAAAAGGGGAACGAAGCUGUCCUGGAUGCGUUUAUGAAGCAGUUUGAUUUCACAGGCAAGCGGGUAGACGAAGCGCUCCGACUCAUGCUGGAAACGUUCCGCCUCCCCGGCGAGUCGGCGUUGAUUGAGCGCAUCGUAAACUCCUUUACGGAAAAGUAUUGCACCAGCUCGGUCCCGAAAGGGGUGGCAAACAAAGACGCCGUCUUCAUCCUCACAUAUGCCAUCAUCCUUCUCAACACGGAUCAGCACACUCCUACGCUGAAGAACAGGUCGCGUAUGACGUUUGAGGACUUCUCGCGCAACCUUCGCGGGCAGAACGACGGCGAGGAUUUCGCCCCUGAGUACUUGCAGGACAUUUUCGACACCAUCAGGACCAACGAGAUCAUCCUCCCGGACGAGCAUGAUAACAAACACGCAUUUGAUUACGCCUGGAAGGAGCUCCUCCUAAAGACGGAGGAGGCGGGCCCGCUGGUACUCUGCGACACCAACAUCUACGACGCCGACAUGUUCGCCACGACGUGGAACCCUAUCGUGUCUUGUCUCUUCUUCGUCUUCAUGUCGGCCACGGACGACACCGUCUAUGCGCGCGUCAUCACCGGCUUCGACGAGUGCGCGCGCAUCGCGACGAAAUACGGCAACUCGGAGGCGCUCGACGAGAUCAUCUACCGGCUGAGCUACAUCUCGACUCUCGGCAGCGAGGCGCUCGCCAACACGUCGCUCAACACCGAGGUGCAGGUGGGGGAGAACAGCGUCAUGGUCAGCGAGCUGGCGGUCCGGUUUGGGAGGGACGUCCGGCCGCAGCUGGCGACGCUGGUGCUGUUCCGUGUUGUUACCGGCUCGGAGCAUGUCAUCCGAAAGAGCUGGAAGCAUAUUAUCCGUAUAUGGCUCAACCUUUUUGUCAACUCGUUGAUACCCUCGUUUUUCUCGACCGAGGCCGACAAGCUUGCUCUGCCAGCGAUCCCGUUGCAACCGCCAUCGCAGGUGAUUGACCGGGGUGCGAAGCAGAGCGAGGCUGGUUUCUUCUCGGCAUUCACCUCGUAUAUCUCGAGUUAUGCGGCUGAUGACCCUCCUGAACCGUCGGAUGAGGAGCUCGAGAGCACGUUGUGCACCGUCGACUGCGUGAACCAGUGCCACAUGGGCGAUGUGUUCGCCAAUGUUGCACACCUUCCUAGCCAUAGUCUGGAGGCUCUGGUGGACACCCUACUCGACCAAAUCCCCGAGGACAAUGGGUCAACCGUCAUCACGGUCAAGGCGGAGAAUAUUCCUCCAUCCCAGGUCAACGGGCAGAAACCGAGGCAGAGCAGCGCGCUGUACGACCCUGCGUUGGUGUACAUUCUUGAAUUCUGCACCGUCCUGGCGCUGCGUGACGACAGCACCAUCGAACUGCUUGGGAAGCGCGUAGUGGAGGCCAUCCAAACUAUCCUCCGGGAUGUACCGCGGUACCACCCGAUUCUUAUUGAGCGGGCCACCUUUUUCCUCUUCAACCUCCUCCAGGCGAGCUAUGACUAUGACUACGUCCGGGUUCCCAUCCUUCUUCACACCGUCUCAAGCUUCCCCAACGACACAUUAACCAAGGCGUCGGGCCUCGUGCUGCGCGGCCUCAGGCUCUGCACCGAGAAGCCCUGCCCUCUACGGAAUGAGAUCAUGACAUCGCCCGAUUUCUGGGUGAUCCUGCAGACCCUGGCCACGGAUGGCGACGCGGCGCCCGCCGUGUUUGAAAUACUCCAUAACGGCGUCUCGGAAACGCCGUCGGCCAUCAUGGCGGAUAACUACGAGGCAGCGCUCGCGCUACUGAACGAGUUUGCCUCGAUGGCCAGUGUUGGUGCCGUCGCGGAACAGGAGAACGAUCGGAAGCAGGGACGAAAGGGCGGGCGGCCUGUCAAGCAUGAAAAGCCGAGUGAAAAUUCCGUUGUCGAGCGCGGCGUCAAGGCGCUCAACAACAUCUACCGCAUGACGGAGCGCAUCCCCCACCUCAUGAAGCAGUCACAUCUCGAGAGCAGCGAAGCGUGGUCCGCCUACUGGCUCCCGGUCUUCCAGGCGCUCACAACGCAGUGCACCAACCCGUGCCGGGAGAUCCGGCACCUGGCCUUCAGCUCGCUGCAGCGGUCCCUCCUCUCGCCGGACCUGACGUCGGCCAAGGAGGAGCACUCGGAGUGGACGGCCAUCUUCGGCGAGGUGCUCUUCCCGCUGAUCCUGCGCCUGCUCAAGCCCGAGGUCUUCUCGUCGGACCGCGACGGCAUGAGCGAGACCCGCGUCCAGGCCGCCUCGCUGCUGUCCAAGGUCUUCUUGCAGUACCUGGUUGUGCUGUCCGAGUGGGAGGGCAUGCUGGAUCUGUGGGUUAAGAUUAUUGAGAUCAUGGACCGGUUGAUGAAUAGUGGGCAGGGGGAUAGUCUGGAGGAGGCUGUGCCCGAGAACCUCAAGAACGUGCUCCUCAUCAUGUCGAGCAACGGAUACCUCGUGCCGCCGAGCAAGGACCCGUCGAAGGAGGAGCUGUGGAACGAGACGUGGAAGCGGAUUGAUCGGUUCCUGCCGAACCUGAGGGCGGAUCUCGCCUUGGAGGAGGAGCCUGUGGCAGAGGCACCGCCGCCUUCUGCUGGUCUGCCGCCCCCUUCUGCCGGUCUGCCGCCGGUAGCAGCCGCUGGGGAAACAGAGACUGCUACGACGGAAGAGGCUACUUGAUGAAGGGAGAGGAGGUUUUGGUUUAGAGAAGGGAGAGAUACCAGGAGAUCUGCUCGAGGCCGCAUUUGUUGGAGUUGGCUGAGAUGGCUAAUUGUGCCGUUAAGCGUAAUAGAGUAGAAUAGAGAGCAUGUCUGACUACAUAUUGUGUGUGUAC